UCAUCACUUAGAGGUGAGAUGGCGCAGAGAGGAGUGCAGCUGGACCGGGAAACCUUCUCUUGUUCCAUCUGUCUGGAUCUACUAAAGGAUCCGGUGACUACUCCCUGUGGACACAGCUACUGCAUGAACUGUAUUAAAAGCCACUGGGAUGGAGAGGAUGGUAAGUACAGCUACAGCUGUCCUCAGUGCAGGAAGACGUUCACACCGAGGCCCGUCCUGCUGAAAAACACCAUGUUAGCAGAUUUAGUGGAGGAGCUGAAGAAGACUGGACUCCAAGUUGCUCCUGCUGGUCACUGCUAUGCUGGAGCUGAAGAUGUGGCCUGUGAUGUCUGCACCGGGAGGAAACUCAAAGCCAUCAAGUCC